CCGGAACUUUCAUAAACUUCAGUUCCAUUAUAUGAUGUUGGUGUAUUCUUUGACACCAUUAUAAUGUCUCCAGAAAUGGCAGGAAUUACCAAUAAAUCAGAGAGGGCCGACUCUCCUUCGCAGACGUGUCCUACACUUUUCCCAACGCAGAACGAGCUCGAAAGACUGGGAAGACAACGACCUGAUAUUUUCAAAACUUGGUGGGCUGAAGUAGGAUUCUGCUUCGCUAUUCUCGGAUCGAUGCUUGCAGCGGAAUACUUUAUCAGCGGCUUCACUAUAAUUCUCCCAACACUGAGCACUGUCCUCGAUAUAUCUGCCGAAUCUCGUACUUGGCCAGCCAAUGUUUUCUCAUUGGUGACGGGAGCCUUUCUACUUCCAUUUGCACGCCUAGCUGACCUGUAUGGCGCAUACGUUGUUUUCACCUCAGGGUUGAUAUGGUUGUGCAUCUGGUCGCUCAUUGCUGGUUUCAGUCAGAACUUCCUGAUGCUUACAUUCUGUCGAGCAUUACAAGGCUUUGGACCUGCGGCAUUCUUACCUGCUGGCAUCAUGAUCCUGGGUUCCAUCUACCGACCAGGUCCUCGAAAGAAUCUAGUCUUCUGUCUUUACGGAACUUUUUCUCCUCUUGGCUUUUUCUCUGGAAUAUUCAUAGGUGGUCUCAGCGGGGAGCAUAUUAGUUGGGGCUGGUAUUUCUGGAUCGCUUCAAUUCUUCUGGCUUUGGUAUCCGCAGUAGCACUGGUCUUUGUUCCCUCUGAUCGACUUGACCCACGCUCCGAGAAAGUGAAGAUGGACUGGUGGGGUGCGGCUACCAUUGUGCCAGGUUUGCUGUUGGUUGUCUUUGCCAUCACUGACAGCUCACAUGCCCCCUCCGGCUGGGCCACACCGUAUAUUCCCGUCACUCUGAUUGUUGGAGUCGCAUUUCUUUGUGGUGCAUUCUAUGUUGAGGGUCGGAUCUCGGAGAAUCCUCUUCUUCCCUUCUCACUUUUCAAGAUCAAAUCUAUGAAGCCUCUGCUCGUUGCUUUAUUCUUCACGUACGGAGUCUUUGGAGUUUACUUGUUCUACGCAAGUUUCUAUAUCAUGGAAGUGAUAGGCGUCUCGGCGCUCAGGACAACCGCCUGGUUCGCCCCCAUGGCCGUCGGAGGCCUAGUCCUCGCUACAGUCGGGGGCUUCACCCUUCAUCUCCUCCCUGGCAAAGCCUUGCUCAUAGCCUCCGGCAUAGGCUAUGUGGUCAGCGUCUUGCUCUUCGCCCUCAUACCCGAACACUUCAGCUAUUGGGCAUACAUCUUCCCCGCGAUGCUAGGGUCAACUUUAGGCGUGGAUGUAACAUACAGCGUCAGCAACGUUUUCAUCACAACGAGUCUUCCAAAACACCAGCAAGGUCUUGCGGGAGCCGUUGUCUGGGUUAUCAUUUUCUUGGGUAUUGGUUUCUUCCUUGGGGCGGCGGACGUAGUGGUCUCAGCCACUGCACAUUUGGGGCUGAGAGAAAGUUAUAAGGCGGCUUUUUGGUUCGGGACCGGAUGUGCUGGGCUGGGGCUUUUCCUGUUGGCUGUGUUUGUUGAUGUUGGGCAAGCGAAGAGCGCUCUUACGGCUGAUGAGAAGAACGAAUUGGAAGCAGGGCUUACUGGUUAA